UUUUUCAUUAGAUCUUUAGUAAACGUAGACUAAACAAGUUAACAAAUGGCGGUAACUAAAAUUUAUAUUUUUGUGGUCACACUGAUAUUAGCGAUAUGUUCGGCACAAGCUACAGAAAACUCUACCGCCAACACCGCCAAUGAGUCAUCAACCGAAGUUAUAAGCUGGUCCACACUGCAAUUUUCAGUUUUCAUCUGUCAUAUUUUUGAGCCUUUAGACUACAAAUAUAUCAAUAAAUCUAAUAACAUAGCGCAAGAACUAUUAAAAGACGAAAUUUUUGUGAACAAUACAGAAUCCGAAAUUUUAGAAUUUAAACAAAAUUUAACCAAUUAUAUAGAAUAUUAUGAAGCUAGACAUGGUUAUAAAGACAUCUGUGAUAUUUUCAAUAAUACCAAUUGGUUUUACAGGGAGAUUUUGAACCAAGAACUUACAAAGGAAUCAAUAUUUAUGAAAGAACUUUUAGAUAAAUAUAAUUAUAAUGAAUUGGAAAUGGAAUUUCUAGAGGAUUUUGAAGAUUUUGUAAAUGAUUUAAAGAAACAGUUUGAGGAAAAUAAAAUGGAAUUGGAGAAACCUAUGAGGCGUUGGUAUGAAAAGUUCUUGGGCUUAAAUGAGUUUGAUGAAAAAUUUAAGGCUUUAAAGAAAUUUUUUGAUUUUGAUUUGAAAUGAUGAAAGAAUUUGAAUUUAAUAUGUAAGUGGAUAAAAAAUUUUAUUAAAAUAUUUAAUAAAUUUAAUAAUUGUCAAUUAAAGUAUAUUUUUAAUAUUAAAAAUAUGUGUAAGGUAACCCUAAAUAAAAAAUUAUUAUCUGCUACUGAGAAAAGCAAUAAAAAACAUAUUUUACAUUUAAAACAUUGAUAAGGUUAUAAUUAAUACAAAUAACAUGAAUAAACAUAAAAUUAAUAAUAUAUUUAUGACUAAUUGUUUACACACAACAAUUAAUAAAACCAAGACUUAAGUAUAGUUUUGUUUAAUUGUUUACAAUUAAAAUAAAUAUAAUAAAUUAUACAAUUUGUAAAUAAAAUUAGUUUUAAACUUGAACUUGUUGAAUAAUCUCCUAAUUAUUUUAAAUAUCAAAAAUAAAUAACAUCCAACUCUGUGA